GUGGGAAGCUGAGUCCACGACAGAGAUCUGGCACACAUGGCGACAGUGAAAAUAGGUUUCCCCUUCACCGCUCGGAAGUCGAACGAAACGCUGACAUGCACAUAACUCAAACAAUGCUUUUCGUUUCUGUUGCGUGGCAGAAGUCUCGGUUCCAGGCCAUGAAAAAAUUGGCUUUACUGUUGAAAAAUCCGAGAAAAAAGAAACAGGUUCCCGAUAGGCUUAGCUUGCGGGACAGCCCUCUAGCACGAACUGCGGCUGAGCACAUUGGCAAGGGGGCAGCUGCUUCACUGUUGCAGAAGUUUGCAAAGGCUGCUGUUCUAGAAUCUGGGGAAGACCAUGUGAGUGCAAGUACCCGAUGGGCUGCCAGAUUGGGAAACCACCGCAAACGGACCUACCACACAGAGGAUACCUUUCACAAAGCUCUUUCAAGAUCUGAUGACGCCAUCAUCAAGUGCCCAAUCUCGUAUGUUGUGAUCCCUGUGGUUGACAAGCAGGCAGCGCGUGCUUUGAGAAGAAAACCAAACAAGAAACGCAGAUUCAACGUGCGGAAUGCCAAAAACACCAAAGGAAAGAAACAUCAACCUACGAAGUCAGGGGCAGCCCCCCAACCCAUCACUCAAAAGAAGUGGCCAGUGAUGAACCCACGUGUCAUGCUCGAUGCGGUGGCCAAAGCUGGAGCAAAUCAUCUCUUGGAGGGGGAUGACUUCGACUGGCUAGAGUUUUGGGAAGCAGCCAAGAGCGAGCCUUGGGGCCGGUCGCACGUUGUGCAAUCAUGGCCGGCUGAGAAAAGAAAACGGGCAAUUGGGAUAGCUGCUCACGGCGAUGAAGGUCAAGGAAAGAAGGACAAAAGUGUUUUAGUACUUUCGUGGAGCAGUUUUGGCGUCCACAAACGAUCAACUUCAUGCAAGUUUCCAUUUGCGGUUAUGCGCUCAACGUGCUUUGCGUACGAUGGCAAACGGAACUUGACAUUGGAAAUGCUACAAAAACACUAUGUCAGGAUGUUCAACGAGUGUGCCCACAUGCCUGAUGGUGACCAACUUUCUUUGCACUAUUGCGCAGGGAAGGGGGAUUGGAAAUUUAAGAAGGAGUGGUUGGAUGAACCAAGAUCUUAUUUGAGGGCGGCGAAGAAAGAAGGUUCCGAUGGACC